AUGGCAGACUACUCAACAGUGCCCCCACCGUCCUCGGGCUCAGCUGGUGGUGGCGGUGGCGGUGGUGGAGGAGUCAACGAUGCUUUCAAAGAUGCGCUGCAGCGAGCCCGGCAGAUUGCAGCAAAAAUUGGAGGUGAUGCUGGCACAUCACUGAAUUCAAAUGACUAUGGUUAUGGGGGACAAAAAAGACCUUUGGAAGAUGGAGAUCAACCAGAUGCUAAGAAAGUUGCUCCUCAAAAUGACUCUUUUGGAACACAGUUACCACCGAUGCAUCAACAGCAGAGCAGGUCUGUAAUGACAGAAGAAUACAAAGUUCCAGAUGGAAUGGUUGGAUUCAUAAUUGGCCGAGGAGGUGAACAGAUCUCACGCAUACAACAGGAAUCUGGAUGCAAAAUACAGAUAGCUCCUGACAGUGGUGGCCUUCCAGAAAGAUCUUGUAUGUUAACUGGAACACCUGAGUCUGUCCAAUCAGCAAAACGGUUACUGGACCAGAUUGUUGAAAAAGGAAGACCAGCUCCUGGCUUUCAUCAUGGUGAUGGACCAGGAAAUGCAGUUCAAGAAAUAAUGAUUCCAGCUAGCAAGGCAGGAUUAGUUAUUGGGAAGGGAGGAGAAACUAUUAAACAACUUCAGGAGCGGGCUGGAGUUAAAAUGGUCAUGAUUCAAGAUGGGCCUCAAAACACAGGUGCUGACAAACCUCUUAGGAUUACUGGAGACCCAUACAAAGUUCAACAAGCCAAGGAGAUGGUGUUAGAGUUAAUUCGUGAUCAAGGUGGUUUCAGAGAAGUUCGAAAUGAGUAUGGGUCAAGAAUAGGAGGAAAUGAAGGAAUAGAUACACCUGAUAGAAUAGCACAAAUAACAGGACCUCCAGACCGAUGUCAACAUGCUGCAGAAAUUAUUACGGACCUCCUUCGAAGUGUUCAGGCUGGUAAUCCUGGUGGACCUGGACCUGGUGGUCGAGGAAGAGGGCGAGGUCAAGGCAACUGGAACAUGGGACCACCUGGUGGACUACAGGAAUUUAAUUUCAUUGUACCAACUGGGAAAACUGGAUUGAUAAUAGGAAAAGGAGGUGAAACUAUAAAAAGCAUAAGCCAACAGUCUGGUGCAAGAAUAGAACUUCAGAGAAAUCCUCCACCAAAUGCAGAUCCUAAUAUGAAGUUAUUUACAAUUCGUGGUACCCCACAGCAAAUAGACUACGCUCGGCAACUCAUAGAAGAAAAGAUUGGUGGCCCAGUCAAUCCUUUAGGGCCACCUGUACCCCAUGGGCCACAUGGUGUCCCAGGCCCCCAUGGGCCUCCUGGUCCUCCAGGGCCUGGAACACCAAUGGGGCCAUACAAUCCUGCACCUUAUAAUCCAGGACCACCUGGCCCUGCUCCUCAUGGUCCUCCAGCUCCGUAUGCUCCCCAGGGAUGGGGCAAUGCCUAUCCACAUUGGCAGCAACAGGCCCCUCCUGAUCCAGCUAAAGCAGGAACAGAUCCAAAUUCAGCAGCUUGGGCAGCUUAUUAUGCUCACUAUUAUCAGCAGCAAGCACAGCCACCACCUGCAGCUCCCACAGGUGCACCAGCUACAACGCAAACUAAUGGACAAGGAGAUCAGCAAAAUCCAGCACCAGCUGGACAGGUUGAUUAUACCAAGGCUUGGGAAGAAUACUACAAGAAAAUGGGUCAAGCAGUUCCUGCUCCUACUGGGGCUCCACCAGGUGGUCAGCCAGAUUAUAGUGCAGCCUGGGCUGAGUACUAUAGACAGCAAGCAGCCUACUAUGCCCAGACAAGUCCACAGGGAAUGCCACAGCAUCCUCCAGCACCUCAGGGAUUUGAAAAUCAUGCAAGAAGCCACCACCAUUUAUAUUAA